GGGAUAUGAAGACAGCAGGACAGUAGAUUCUUGUAUAUUGGCCAUUGAGAUGAAAUUGGUUACAUUAUCUGUACAAGGGCAGCAAAUAAUUUAUGGAAGCCAGUUUUUCGUAGCAGAUUACUGUACAGAUACUUCCAGACAGAAUAUUUCUCAGGAGUUUGGCAUGUUGAUUCAGUGCACCAAUAGUAGUGAUGAUGAGUGAGCUCCCCCAGCUUGCAUUGGAUUGCCCCCCCCCCCAGCUUUCUAGGAGAAAGCUUUUAAAAAAACAUAGAGAUCACUCCAACGUUUCAAGCCUGCCCGCUCCCUGUUCCAACAAGCAUCUUUUUGAACAACCUUGAGGAUGUACUGACCAUACUUCCUGCUUGGGUGCAGUGAACUUGUUUUCUAGGCUUUUUGGUUUAUUCAUUGAAUUGGGAGGCCUAGAAAACUGUAACUCCUAUGAAUCGUGGCAGGAAAUUACAGUCCAGCUAAGGAGAGGUCCACAAGACCUUUCCAGUAAGCCUUCCCUGCCAUUUGUUCCUCCAUCCCUUCACAAGGAUAAGUUUCGGAGUGUGUGUGACACUGGCGCACAAAGGUGGUUUUCUAGUAGUAGCAGUGACCCCAUUACAAGCUCCAAAUUUCACUCCACCAGGACCCAACAUUUCACUCACUAGGCCCCAAACAUCUGUUUGAACUUGAACAGAGGUGAAUGGCUUUUUACCUGUACAGUGUCUCUGGGCGAAGAUCUUGAACCAUGUUGGCAAAGGCUACAUUAAAUCAUUAAGUUAGAAAUGUCACAGUUUUCUCACUUUCCUUCUGUUCUGUGAGGGUGCAGAUACCAAUGUUCAACCAGUGAUUUCUGUUUUACAGAUUCUCCAUUUUAAGGUACAGCUCCCUGACCACUUCCCUUUGAAACUGUAUUAAGUAAAUUGAUUUCCCCUACGCUCUGGUCUUCUUGUUUUUGUUUAUUAGCUUCUACUGCAUCUCUGUCAUAGGGUUUAUGAAAAAACAAACAAUACCUAAAAUCACAGAAACCAUUACACACAAUCCAGCUGAAAGCCAUGCAUGAGUUAGCUAAAUAAGAGCUCAGUUAGGAGCCCACGAACACUUUCAAGUAAGAUGCUCCUACAUGCAGAUAGAAACUUGCAAGGGUGGUGUAUUGCCUGCUGCAUCUUAAAACAACCAGGUGCUGUUCUGAUCCAAAUAAACAGUCCUGUCCAUUAGCAGAUAGCAUGGUAGGACUGGGCGGGUCAUCUGGCCUCCCUCCAAUGAAGUCACUGCAUACCAGGAUGAAGAGGGAGAUGGGAGCAGUGACGACAAGGUCCGUGUGAUGCUAAUGUGCUGGUAGAACUGUUCUGACACUCCUACUAGCACAUUUGCACAGCACCAACCUUGCAGUCUCCCCUCUCUGUUUCAGUAUGCAGCAGCGACUCAGCUGGAGUGAGAGAUGCAGCCACACCAUGUCAUCCUCUGAUUGGAAAGGGGGACUCAAGGCACCUGUUGCACAUCACACACAAAAGGGAGUGAUAACUGGGUAAUGGGAGGCUGACAAUUCUCUUGUUGGAAUACAGAGAAACAAAAAUCCAUGUAAAUGAGAAUAUCAGAUCUUGAGACUGCUUCUCUACUAAUUUCCACUUUGAGUUUCAUAUUGAUAUAUUUUUGAAGGGAAAUAAUUAGCAGCCAUUCUCAGUUCAAUGAUAGUCAGGAAUGAAACUCAAGCAGAACUGUGAAUUCCAGGAGACUUUUUUCUCACUGUUUAAACCAAGUUUUUUGUUGUUGUUAUUCCAGAGGUUCUGACAGAUUAAUCAAAGAUGCUAACAGACCGAGUCCAGAAAUCCAUGGGUCCCCACAAGUUCUCAGAAGAAUUUCAAAGCAAGGUGGUGGUACCUCACAUCCCAAAACUGGUCAAAGAAGAAAAGAAGCAUGCCCCAUUGACUCCAUCUGCCUUCCUGAAAGCAAUGACUCUGACAACGGAACAGAGGCUGGCAAACACCCAUGAGGUGCGCCGGCCUCGAAUUGUGCAGCUUCUGGACAUGAGCGAAACUUCACACCAGAAGUUCUCUUCUGUUGAUCUGGACCAGUCUCUGUUUCAACCAUUCCCAUCAGAAGUGAUUUUCCAGAAUUAUGACCCUUGUGAGAUGUAUGAAGUGCCACUAAUUCUGAGGAACAAUGACAAGAUCCCUCGGCUGGUGAAAGUUGUUCUGGAGAGUUCACCUUACUUCAGAGUCAUAAGCCCCAAUGAUGUGUGUAACAAAGUUGCACCUGGCAUGCAUUCGACAUUCCGCAUCCUCUUCACUCCUGAAGAGAACAAGGAUUAUAUCCAUGAAGUAACGUGCAUUACUGAAAGGGAAAAGUUUAUUGUCCCUAUUCGAGCCAUUGGUGCCAGAGGCAUUUUGGAUUUCCCAGACAAGCUGAAUUUCUCCACCUGCCCGGUCAAGUACAACACACAGAAAACACUGCUUGUUCGUAACAUUGGCAACCGAGAGGCCCGCUAUCAAAUCACUACACAGAGACCCUUCUCUAUCGAGCCCUCCAUUGGGACCCUUGGAAUCCAGGAAACCACACAAUUCACCAUUGACUUCCAUCCUCAAAAGAGUGGUAACCACUGUGAGGACCUUGUAGUGCAUUAUGACACAGGGGAAGAUAUUCAUGUAGGCUUAUAUGGAGCAGCUACAGACGUCAAUGUGAGACUGGACAAGAACUCCUUGAUAGUUGAGAAAACUUAUAUCACUUUAGUGAGCCAGAGGUCUGUGGUUAUUCACAAUCGGAGCGAUAUCAUUGCGCGUUUCCAGUGGAAGAUCUUUGCAACACAAGAAGAGGAAGAGCAGAAAAAACAAAGGCUAUGCCAUACACUGCAGGCUGAGGAAGAGGGUAUGCUGGAUGAGCUCCUGGCUGAGUGUAAUAUGCAUCCUGAUCUUCGUGAGCAUCUCUCCAUUGUUACCCGUACCUUUCAGAACCGCCAGGCCAGGGUGCAGGAAGACUCCAUGCUCUUCAACAAUCACGUUUUUACUGUUGAGCCUCUGGAGGGAGAGGUUUGGCCCGAUUCCACAACCGAAAUCAGCGUGAUUUUCAGGCCACAAGAAGCUGGGGUUUAUCACCGAACUGUAUACUGCGAUAUCUCAGGGCGAGAGACCCGGCUCCCUCUGCGCAUCAAAGGAGAGGCCAUGGCUCCCAAGCUGCUUUUCAACUUUGACCAGCUGGAUGUUGGGAAAAUUUUUGUUGGCUCAGCCCACAGUUAUGAGGCUAUCCUUUCUAACAAAGGAGCUAUUGAUGCCCUCUUCAGCCUGGUAUGGCCAUCCACGGCCCUGGGUGCCUGUUUCACAUUUCAGCCCAGUGAAGGAAUAAUUGAGCCAGGAGGCCACCAGGCCAUUCAGGUCACCUUCAGCUGUACCAUCCUGGGACAAUUCUUUGAAGAGUUCAAAUUCAGUGUGAAUGGAUCUCCCCAGCCUGUGAUCUUAGUGAUUAGGGGCUGCGUCAUUGGACCGACAUUUCAUUUCAAUGUCCCAUCCCUUGAUUUUGGGGAUGUCUCCUUUGGUUUCCCUCAGACCCUGUCCUGCUGCCUCAGCAACACCUCUUUGGUGCCCAUGACCUUUGACCUUCGUGUCCCAGGAGAUGGCACUGGGGAGCCAAGUGUCAUGAGUGAGCAUCAAGCCUCUGACAUCUCAAGGCCAAUGUGGAGGAAGGCACGCAAUGGAGGGGCAAAGCCCAAAGAAUUUACCAUCACUCCCAACCGAGGCACCAUCCGCUCACAAGGACUCAUGCAAAUCCAGGUGACCUUAUGUUCCAACACUGUGAAGACGUAUGAAACAGCACUAGUAGUGGAUGUGACGGGGAGUGGAGAAGAUGUACUGGCUCUCCCAAUCACAGCGAGAUGCAGCACGCCUCCACUGCAUGUGGCUAAUCCCAUCCUGAAUUUUGGCCGCUGUUUCUUGAAGUUCCCAUACCAGCAGAUGGUGAAACUAGUUAAUGAAAGUGAUCUUCCAGGGUGCUAUGGUGUUCUUCCCCAGGAAUAUGAGAAGUCCCUCACUGUCUUGCAUUCCAGUCCUCUGCCUUGUGGUAUCAUUCAGCCUCAUUCCACUGUCGAGAUCCCCUUGGCCUUGGAAGUCCAGGAGAAAGGGCAGCAGGAGGCAGUAGCCUUCAUUGCUGUCUUUGGGAAUGAAGUCUUCCCACUGACGAUCCAACUUGUGUCCUUUGGAGAAGGCCCUGUCGUUUAUGUGCAUCCUGCUAAGCUAGACUUCGGUUCUAUCCAGGUUUUAAAGGAUGUUUCUCGGGUGCUCUAUCUGUCCAAUCAAUCUGUUAUUCCUGCACCAUUUGAGGCACAGAUGGCCCGAAGUAAUUCCCUGUGGAGAAUUGAGCCUAAUAAAGGAAUUGUCCCUCCAGAGAAUGAGAUAUCGAUCAUGCUAAUAGCUAACCUGGAUGACACUGUGCUGUUCCAGGACAAAGUUAACUUGAGCAUAGAGAACAGCAAUUCUUACGUCAUCCCAAUCCAGGCCACUGGCAUUGGUACCACCAUUGUCACAGACAAACCUUUUGCUCCAGCCAUUGAUCUGGGACCCUGCUUCAGCUUGGAUUCCUGCUGCUAUCGCUUCAGGAUCACUAACCGCGGGCGCCGCACUCAUCAGCUCUACUGGAUGACAGAAGGCUUCCCCCCAUUCCGCCAGCGCAACACCCUCCCUCCCAUCAAUGGUAACACAAAAAAGUCCUCUGAACUUCCGCUCUUUAAGCUUCAGCCACUGAGAAUGGAGCUGACCCCAGGAAAAAGCAUGGACAUGAUGCUGGAAGGCUUUUCUGACAUUCCCAAGGUCGUAAAGGAAAGGCUGCUCUGUCAUGCCAUCAUAGGGAAGCAAUCUGGGAAGGAGCUUAUCAUGAAGGUUGAUGUCAUAUGUGAAUUCAUUGCACCCAUUCUACACAUUUCCCCGAAACAGAUCACAUUCCAAGUGGAGAAGGACCCCAAUGAUAGCCUGAAUCCCCAGUACGAACCUCUGACUUUGAAAAAUGUUUCGUCUUUGCCAAUCAAUGUCCUGCUCUCUUUGCAAGAACCUUUUUCCCUCUGUGAUACUGAUCAUGAAAUGCUGCCAGUACCCUGUCAGGCCUUAACUAUGGAAGUUGGGGAGGUGCAUGACCUCUGUAUCAGGUUUGACCCUCUCUAUAGAGAUGACUUGUACAACCGAGUGGUAGAAGAAGUCUUGACUUUCCGUUACCUGGAGCAUCCGCAUGUAGACCACAUCAACCUACGGGGAGAAGUGCGUUUCCCUAACCUACACUUUGAGACAAUGGAUUUGAAUUUUGGCUGCAUCUUGAAUGACACAGAAGUUGUCCGUGAGAUCAAUAUGACCAACUGCAGCCCCCUUCUUGUAAAAUACCGCUGGUCCUUCAUGACACAGGAUCGUAAGACCCUGAUCAGAUUCAGCCCCAGGCGUGUUAGAGCCCUUCCUGAACAGGAAUCAGCCACUGAGCAAGAGGUCCCACAGCCACAAGAAACUACAAGUCACAAUGACACCAAAGACUUUGAGAGAGAAGCAACUACAGAAGAAAACCUCAGCUAUGUCAAUGAAGAAGAGACUGCCCCUAAGGAACUUCCAGACAUUGCAGAAAGUAUCCCAGAAGCCAAUGCAGCCUCCAGGGUACCGUCCCCAUUGACAGCUGCUGAUCAAGGGGAAGAGGAGCUUCCAAAGAAGAACGAGGUGGCGACCAAGGAAGUCCUGUGGUGUGCAGAAGCAGGGGAUCAUCAUCUGACAGGCGUGGAAGAAGUAUUUGACAUCAUGCCGCUGUAUGGGAUGCUGGAGCCGAGCGAGAUCCAGCGGAUGACAUUCACAUUCUAUGGCCAUGCUAACAUCAUUGCUCGUGUCAAAGCCAUCUGUGAGGUGGAAGGGGGCCCCACCUACGAGAUCCUACUGAGGGGUGAGGCCUCCCUUGUGAGUUAUGCAUUUGACAGGAAGGAGAUUGACUAUGGACUCCAGCCUUUUGAUCAGAUAUGUGUGACUGAGAUUACGCUGAAAAAUACAGGAAAAGUUGGAUUUGAGUACUUUGUGACUAACACCAUUGCGGCUUCACCCAACAACCCUGCACCUGGUGUGCCACUGACUCUGCCUGUUUCUAGUUAUAUUGCAUCCGGGAAGAAGCAGGUGUUGAAGGUAUAUUAUUUGCCUGGCAUUCCGGAGGUCUUCCAAAGAACCUUCCAGAUCCAGGUGGCCCACCUGGAUCCAGACCUCAUCACCCUGAAAGGAGAAGGAAUCUUCCCCAGAAUUUGCCUGGAUCUACCCAUAAAUGUUAAAGAAAAUGACCGGUACAGCAUCCUCCUAAGAGAAGUCAAGGAACGCAUGGAGCAGGAUUCACACAAAGAUUCCAUCAGUAACUUGGAGGCAGUGGGCACAGACCCAGCCGUGGAGGAAUCCAACUCUGCACUUGCCAUGCAAGUGCAGUUGGAGGUGGAGAGGCUCCUUGUUCGAGAACAUGCCUUGGAGCAGCAGAUGCAACUUUCCGGUGACCCAAAGGAGGACCCUGCCAUCAGCCAGCGAGUUCGCCGCAGACUUGUCAAAGCACAACUCCCUGAGUACAUCUUAGACUUUGGCUACAUCAUCCUGGGCACCGUCCGGACCCACAUUAUCAAAAUCACCAACACCGGCCAGUUUCCUGUGUCCUUCUAUGCAGAUAGGCGGAACUUGCAGGAUUCAGGUUUCGACACAGAGCUGUUCAGAGUGAAGAACCUGCCCUACUGCGAGACGGAGACAUUUGGAGUGCGCUUUGAUCCCCAGAGUGCCAACCAGCCCCUGGGAGAGGUGGAAGUGAUCCUGCCAGUCAAGGUCCUGAGCGGACCCACAUUCAACAUCUCUCUACGUGCCAUGGUGAUUAUGCCAUCUCUCUGCAUGUCCAAUGACAAUUUGGAGUUUCCUGCCACUCAGUGCGGGCAGUGCCAAGUUGAGACAAUUCAGCUUCACAACCAGCUCCAGGUCACCUGUGAGUGGUUUGCCACCAGCAGCGAGCAAAUAAAAAAGGUGGACAAGCACAUGCCAAUGUUCUUACGUCAGAAGAUGCGCCGUGAAUUAAAACGCAAGCCCAAUAUAUUUGAGAUGAUCCCUCCCUAUGGGAUCCUGGCUCCGGGGGAGAGGCUCAAUGUGCAAGUCAAGUUUGCACCCAGAGAAGAGAAAUUCUACCGCCACUACCUGAUUCUGAGCAUUUCCCAGAGCACCCAGCAGCUGCAGCUGAAUGUCUCUGGGCAAGGUCUGGAGCCGCGUCUAGAGUUCACUCCUUCCAUUCUGGAACUUGGGCCCCUCUUGCCUUACGCCAUUGGGGAUGAGGCUGAAGUGGUGGUGAAGAACCCUUGCAGCUUCCCCAUUGAAUUCUACUCCUUGGAAUUUGACCAGCAGUAUCUGUUGGAAGAGCGGAUUCUGCGGAUGUUGAAGGGCUAUGACACCCAUAACAUGCUUCUGUUGCCUCCUCGCAUCCCUGGGGAGAAGCUGCCUUUUGAAGUCCUGGAAUAUUAUGAGGAGCAGAAGAAGGUUCAAGGUGACCAGGAGACAGUUAAUCAGGAAAAUGUAGAAGACGAAGAAAAUGCUUUACUUUCUGAUCAUGGGAUGAAGCUUCUCCCUUCCAGUCCUGGGCAAACAACAUCCACGGGGGCCUCUGCUCAUCCUUCUCUUUCCCUUAAUGAGGAUACCAGAACUUUCAGGGUGGAAUCGAAAUUUGAUCAGGAGGAAGAAGAGGAAGAGGAGGGGACAGACAGAGGACAAGGAGGGAGUCAGCAAAGUGUGAUCAAGAAUAAGGAAGCUGUUGGAGAGCUAGACAACAACCCCGUCUCAAAAGCUAUUGCGCGUCACCUUGGCAUUGAUAUAUCUCCAGAAGGACGGGCUGCCAGGAAUCGCAGGGGCAUUGCCAUCAUCAUCCAUGGUGCUCCCCUUACAGGAAAGUCCAGUGCAGCCAUCACCCUUGCCAAACACUACAGUGCUGCUUGCUUAUCCAUUGAUUCUGUGGUCUUGGAAGCCAUCUCUGAUGGGAACACUUCAGCAGGGCUUCGUGCUCGUGAACUCUGCAUCCGAGCCGCCAUUGAACUGGCACAACGGGAAAAUGAGGAGGGGGGAACUGAAGGGCAGCUUGGCCUGGCUCUGAAUAACAGGCUCAGUGCAGAGGCUUUGGGUAAGCACACCUCAGAGGGCAGCCAUAGUUCAGAGUCCAAAACAGGACCCCUCUCAACUGUCUCUAGAGGCUAUAGGGGGAGCACGGCGACAGCAAAGGGCAAGUCUGAAGGUCACACAUCACAAAAGCAGCAGCAGCAUCAACAAUCUGAUCAACCUGGAUCCCAGAUUCCGUCCAGCCCUAUUCCCAGCGCUCCGAUCCAGCGGCGCCUUAGCCUCUGUGGCAGUGUGGCAGGAGAUUAUGGCCUGUUGAGCUGUGUGCUUCCAGAGGAGCUAUUGGUGGAGAUUCUUUCAGAGAGGAUGCAGCUGAGUGACUGCUAUCGUGGCAUGGUGUUUGAUGGGCUGGAUACCUUGUUUGCCCGCAGCAUGGCAUCGGCGCUUACCUGUCUACUCAAAGCUAUCAACAACAGGCGCUACAUCUAUUUUGUGAACCUGUUCCAGGACUUUGUUGCUAUGAAAGCCAGAGAGAAGGACAAACAAGAGCAGGAAGAACGGGAGCAGCAGGAGGCCAUUGCAAGAGAGAAGGCUCGUCUUCAGGAGAUGGAUGAAGAGGAGUAUGAUGCCCUCACCGAAGAACAAAAAGUCCAGUUUGAUAAUGAACUGUUGCUGGCCCUGCGUGAGAGGAAAAAGAGGGAGCAGGAGAAGCUGGCUCGAGAGCUGGAGGAGAAGAAGCACCAGCAGGAACUGGAGCGCCUGCGGGAGGAAGAGGAGAUGAAGAAGAAGAGCAAGCGCUACAAGAGGGAGGCAGCAGUGGCCAAGGAGAAAGAGGAGGCUGCAGCAAAGAAGGCCCAGCAAGCAGGCAAGCAAAAUGCCCCAGUGCCUGCUUUGAAAUCUGACGGGAGGCUGAAUGAAGGGAUCGAGCGGAAAUCAUCAGCCAAGGAGCGCCCAGAGCUUAGUGCCAAUGACAAAGAUGAGAAGAAGAGGAAAAGUAAGACGGGCCCACAGAAUGGUCAGCCAGGAGCUGCCCCACCCGCAGCCCAGGAAGAUGAGGAAGCCGAGAAGGAAAUGAUGAGCGAGAGUGAAAAGAACUUGGCUCUGAGGUUCAAGCUCUAUGAGGCGAACCAGAAAGACAUAGUCCAGAUCCUGACCUUCUGGGACAGAGUUCAGUUGAUGCAGCUUCUGCCACCAGGCUCUGAAGAGAAGCAGGAGGAAGCAGAAGACCAGCGGCAAGCACCUUCAGGCCGCAAGGGCAGGAAGGACAGGGAGAGAGAGCGCCAGGAGAGACUGGAGAAGGAGAGAGCAGAGAAGGAGCGCCUGGAGAAAGAGAGAGUAGAGAGAGAGCGCCUAGAGAGGCUCAAAGCGAUGGAGGACAACAGGGCUGGAGGGCAGGAGGGAGAAGGAGAACCAGAUGUGGGGAUCCCAUGUUUGGAGUUCCAGGUGCUCAGUUCUGAGGACUCCAGUGGCAAGAGGAUCCUGGAGAGUGGCAAGCUGCCAGAAAUCGUCCAGAUCUUGAAUGGCUUGGGACUGGGUCCUUCUGGGCCACCCAUUCCUCCCACUGCUUGUUUCUCUGUGAUCCCAUAUCCGGAAAAGCGGGCAGCACCAGUUCCUGGAGAAGCUCUCAAGCAUUUCACCUUCCUCUUACCUGAAGAUCCGAGUCUGGAGGAGGACAAGAAGGAGACUGAAAGUAUCUUUGAGACUUCAGUGACUCUCCCUACAGUAAAGGAGGAACAGACAACCCCAACCCGAGGCAAGGGCAAGAAGGAGAAAACUGACACGACCCGUGAUUCUUCAAAGGAUAAGAAAGGCGUCCCUCGUGGCAGGAAGGGUACUCAUCCUACCCCUGGUGCAGUAACAACUCUGUCAGAGCUAGAUCAGAGUGGCCUCACAGGGGAACCAUCUACUGAGAAGCUCUUCCGGUUGACCUGCUUUCGUUGGACGGUCCCUGCUAAUGGAGAGGUUACAAUGCGCCUCCAUUUCUCUUCCACCACAAUAGGGUACUUUGAUCAGGUCCUAAACUUUGAGAUCCUGGGGACCCAGCGACACUAUCAAGUUUUCUGCAGGGGUGUCUGCACAUAUCCAUCCAUUUGCCAAGAUCCUACGAUUGUCUUCCCGCACCGUGUAAAGAGUGUCAAACCCGAUGAAAUAAUAUCCAAAAAGUACAUCAUGAAUUUGGGGGUCUUUCACUUUGGCCCCUUGCUGUGUGGGAAGUCAAGGGAAAAGUACAAGGCCCUGCGAUACCCCAAUCACUAUGAAAAGCUCACCAUCCUCAACAUAUCUCCUUUGGAUGCGGAAGUUCAUUUCUUCUUCCAGUAUGACUCCAAGGCAGUCACAUAUCUCUUUGACCCCCCUACCAUGACACUCAAGCCCAACGAGAAGCAGGAGCUGACAAUUUGGGCUUAUCCAACAGCCAGUGGUAUAUUUGAGGACAGCGUUGUCUGUUGCAUUAAAGAGAAUCCAGAGCCUGUAAUCUUCCGGGUCAACUGCCAAGGAGUUCGCCCAGAGCUGGAGCUAGAUCGCCGGCAGGUGCAUUUUGAAAAGCUCCUAUUGCACAGAAAGGAGACAAAGCCACUCUAUCUCAAGAACUUCACUCCUCUGCCCGUUGCAUGGAGGGUCAGCGGCAUGGAGAACAUUGGUGAUGAUUUCUCUCUUGCUGUUGAUAUGGGUGUGAUUGAACCCUACUCGGAGUACUGCCUGCUAGUGAACUUUAGGGCCACAAAGACACUCAACAUUAAGAAGGCCAUUCGCCUAGAGGUUUCCGAUGUGGAAAAUAUUCUGGGGAUUGUCCAGAUUGAAAACAUCCAAAUCAUUGCUGAGGCCUAUGAUGUUGCCCUGGACAUCAGCUUUCCCAAAGGUACAAAUGGUGGUGUGGAGCUUGGGAAUAUUAAAGUCAUGGAUGAAGCUAAACAAGUACUGUCCCUGAAGAACAAGGGAAAAUAUGAGAUUGGGUACAGCUUUGUUGUGGAAUCCACAGAUCAUGUGAUGCCCAAUGUGACUCCAUUCUUCACCAUCACGCCCCCUAAAGGGAAUUUGGGUCCCAAUGACCGUCCCACUUCAGUCCUGAUACUUUUCCGCGCUGGGAGGGAAGUGAAAAUUGAGGAGAAGCCUAUUCUGCAGUGCCACGUUAUUGAGCCCAACCUCUGUGAAGGAGGAGAGAUCAUUGCCACCAUUCCCAUCAAGGUGUCAGUGCAUUGCAUGUUUACCAAAUACAGCAUCACCCCUCCAUCACUCAUAAACUUUGGGCCUGUGAUACUCAAUUCCCGGAAGACCAACAGCUUCACCAUUGAGAACAAAGGGGUCCUCGACUUCAAGUAUGGCAUCUGCAGGCAAAUCCGAGAUGUGGUGAUUCCACUGAGGAAAGGACCCUCUCAUGAGAAGACCUCCCGCUCUAGUGAUGUCUACCUUGGCCGGCAGACGGCUCAGCUGGGAAGGCAAAGCAAGCGCACAGAAUCCAUGCAAAAGGAUGUGACCAUGGUGGUGCAGGCUCGCCUCUCCCUUGGAAUAUUCACCGUAUCCCCUGGAUUUGGAACCAUUCCUCCGGGAGGCCAUCAGACCAUAACUGUGGACUGCAUUGCAGAUUCAAUAGGGAAAUUUGAGGAGUACAUGACCAUAGAGAUCACUGACCGAGACCCCGACGACAACCCUGGUGGCAUUCAGUACAGUCUGCUUGCAGAAUCGUGUGUCCCAGGUUUUGUGAUUGAUGACAUGGGGAGCAUUUUUGAGGAGCAUCGGAUCUGCAACAGCAGCAACCUCAGCCAGGUUCUGAAGACCUUAGGAUGCGAGUGUGUGUUUGUGACUGAUGAAAACAAGUUCAUCUUCAAUAAUGUUUUGGUUGGGCACCAGGCAGUUGCCCGGUUCAAGAUCUGCAACACUGGCCGAAUCCCCUGUGAUGUGGUUUUUAGCGUAAAGUCCAUCUCUUCCAAGUCCAAUGUCCGGAUCAGUGACAUCUUUGAGCUCCACCCAGUGCGGAUGUGCAUCGCCAGCCGUUCACAUGCCUUCACAAGCCUGACCUUCUCACCGCAGAGCAUGCAAAACUACCAGUGCAUUUUUGAGGCUGCUGUUGAUGCACCGUCCAGUCUGGUUGCAAAGUCAAGGAAUUUAUCCUUUGAGGUCACUGGGGAUGGCAACCUCCCUCAGGUCACCAUCAUGCGCCCUGUGCUCCGCAAUAAGAAAGGGAACCCACUCCUACUCUUCAAGAGGCUCCUGUUGGGCCAUACAGAGAUCCUUCCUCUGGUCUUUAAGAACUGUGGCAGCAUCCUAGUCCAGCUGUUUCUCAACAUUUCAGAUGAAAAUUGUGCUUUCACUUUGAAACACAGAUCCACUACCAAGUGCAUUUAUAUGACUUCUCAGAAUGAGGAGAAUGAACCCAGCGAGGGAGUCAGGAAACCUCACACGGCCUCUCUUGUCCUGCACAAUGGGGAGUCCGCUGAGUUUGACGUGGUUUUCCAACCCAGCGUGGCCCAGCGCAUUGAAGGACUGAUCCACCUCUCUAUUGUGGACAAUCAGUACGAGGAGACCAACAUACAAAUGGUGGGUGAGGGCUACCAGGAUGAUGUCGUGCUGGACAACAUCCACAGCUUUAUUACGGAGACUGAUUCUGAAAGACAUCUGGAAGAGAACACAGCCGAGGCUCCCAGAAUAGAUUGCAUCCAGUUUGGGGACUGUCACAUUGGGAGGCCCUAUCAGGCAUCGUGUACCAUAACCAACCACAGCAAGUCAGAUGUGAUGAGAUUUGAAUGGCCGACUUCGGGUCCACUUCACUUCUCCCCACAGGUUGGCCAUCUCCACAGUGGGUGCACCAAAAACAUCACAGUGACCUUGAAAUCUAGCCUCCCCGUCACACUGAAAGAACAGGCCAUCAAGUGCAAGGUGACCAAGAUUGCCUUUCAGCUGCCAGCUGACCAAGUGCCUGAUUGGGACGAUCGCCUCCACACUGUCAAAUGGGUGGACAUCUCAAAGAGUAUCACAACAACACGCCCAACUAAGAAGAAGGUGAUUGAGACAGAUCCGGAACCUGCUCACACGACUGUGGAAGACAGUGGCCGAGAACUGGAGCUCUGGGUGAAUGCCACUGUGGACUACGCACAAUACAAAAUGGAGGUGGAGACAGUGAACUUCAAGGACACUUUGCUGUUUCAGACGAGGGUGUACGAUGUGGAGCUGUCUAAUACAGGGGAUGUGCAGCUAGAAUACACCUGGAAUGUGGCCAUGGAGGAGACUGGGAGGGCAGUCAACUUUGCUACUGAGCCUCUGGCAGCCAGCCCAGAAGGUGCAGCAGGGGAAGUUCCAUCUGCUGCUUCCAUCAAAACCGGGUCCAGCCGACGGUUCAGUCAUUUUGAGAGUACGGUGGACAGCCUUUCUUCCUACGUGUCCCCAACAGCCACUAGAGCUCCCUUCUUCAUGCAGCCCAGCUGUGGUACCAUCCUUCCUAAGAGCUCCCAGACACUCCAGAUGAAAUUCUGUCCUCACGAAGUGGGAGAGUUUGAGGGCCGCCUACUCUGCAGUAUUUCUAACCUGAAGCCUGAUGAGGAAGGCCCGGUUGUGGCUGUGAAGGGGAAGAGCCUCCUGCCCUACUGUCAUUUUGAGCUGGAAGAUUCCAAUUACAUCACUGCGCACAGACGUAACCAAGACUUGCGAGGGCCUGGUGGGAUGAGCCUGGAUGCCAACACCAAAGUGAUUGAAUUUACCUCUAUAGGAGUGUACGUCAGGAACACCCGGAGCUUUUCCAUCAUGAACCCCACCAAUGCCACCUACUCUUUCCAGUGGGUCUGUGAGCAGCAGGAGAACAAAGAUUAUGCUGCCUUCAUCUGCUUUAUGGAGCGAGGCCAGCUCCGGCCAGAGAAAAAAGUGGAGGUCAUAUUUGAAUUCAUCCCUCAACAUCUGGACACCACAGAAUCCUUUUGGACUUUCACAAUCCCUGAACACAACCUUUCUGUCCCAUUCCUCUUGGUUGGCCACACCACGGACCCUGCUGUGUAUCUGGAAAGAUCCCACCUGAACUUCCGCUCACUCCUUAUUGGACACGAGGCUCGUGAGAGCAUCGACAUUAUCAACAAUGAGAAUGAGACCUACAAUUUUUCCUUCAGAGAAGGCUCUCGUUUUUCAGAGGGGCGAAUCAGCUGUCUAAAACUGCAGCCCAUGGAAGGCUCAAUCCCACCUCGUUCCAGGCUUCCUAUUAGCAUCUUAUUCAUGCCAAACCUGGAGGGGGAGGUAAACUUCAACUUGAUCUGUGAUGUCAACAGAAAGAGCCAGCCCCUCUGUUUGAACAUCAAAGCCACUGGCCAGGCCAUGAAUGUGUCUGUGAAGUGUCAGGAAAGUAAUGGUUUGCUUACUGAGCUGGACCCCGACCAGCCACACCGGAUCAGCUUUCAAGAGAUGCAAGUCAGUGAUUAUGCUCAGUGCCAUUUCUAUAUUCUGAAUACUGGCAAAUUCAACUUCAACUUCUCAUGGGAACUUGACCUUGCCAAAGCAGUUAAGCAAUAUUUUGUCAUCUCUCCAAAUAACGAAGUAGUAGAAGCAGGGAAUCGGACAGAGGUCAUGCUGUCCUUCCACCCGCUGAAGCCAUGCACCUUAAAAGAUGUGGAGCUGAAGCUGCAGAUCAGCCAUGGACCAACAUUUACUUGUGUGCUGGAAGGCUCAGCUGUGAAUCCCAGCAUCCAUUUCUCUACCACCAAAGUGGGGUUUGGAAGCUGCUUCAUCUACCAAGGUGGAAUGACCAUUUCCAAACGAAUCCUGACUGUCACGAAUAAGGAUGCCAAGGAUGCAAGCAUAGAAUGCUUGUUCACCAACACGGCUUACCUCGAGGUUGGUUUCCAUGCUGAAGUGCUGGCUGCUGGAGGAAAGACAGAGAUUCCAAUCACCUUCUAUCCCCGAGAGGCCAUUUCCUACCAUGAGGUCAUCACCUUUGAAAUCAAUGGGGUCUUGCAGCGUAAUAUUGAGGUCUUCGGGAAGGGCAUUGAGAUGAAGAUAGAGGUUGCAGAACCUCACAACAAAGUGCUGAAAUUUGGAGCUGUCCCUCCAGGGAACGUUGUGAAGAAGAUGGUGACGAUAGUGAACCGCAGUUUCACUUUUGUCACCUUCAACCUAAAUUUCAUGUAUUCUGCAUCAGAGUUGCAGGAACAGAAGGUUCUUUCCAUGACUCCAUGCAAUGAAAUAACCCUGAAACCCAAAGAAGGCACAUGCCACGUGGAGGUGACUUUUGCCCCGAAGAGCCGCAUCCUGCCGUUCAAAGAGGAGGUCCUGCUCGAGUGCCUCGGGAUCCUGCGCUCCCUCUUUGUGGUGCAAGGCUGCAGCCAGGGCAUCGAAGUCAGUCUGGACCAGCAUCAUAUCCCUUUUGGAGCAGUGGUGCUACGGAGCCAGGCUUCCCGGCGCAUCAUGAUGCAGAACACAGGAGACAUCGGUGUGGGAUUUAAAUGGGACGCCAAGCGCUUCAAGCCAGACUUCUCCAUUAAGCCAGUGGAAGGCUACAUUUCCCCAGGAACGGAUGUCUUCUUUGAAGUGACUUUCCACCCCUGUGAGCAGAGCCAGGACAUCUGCUAUGAGAACCUCCUGUGCCACAUCCAAGGCAGAGAACCACUCAAGCUCAUGAUCACCGGAUGCUGUGUGGGAGUCCCCCAGGUCAAAGAGGUGGUGAAUUUCACAUGUCAGGUGCGGGCAAAGCACACACAGACUAUUAUGUUAUCCAACAAGACCAACCAGGCAUGGACCCUGCGGCCAAUCAUCGAAGGGGAGCAAUGGAAGGGUGCAGAGUUCAUUAGGGUUGAAGCCCACCAGCAAAACAAGCCAUAUGAAAUCACCUACAGACCCGUUGCCAUGAAUUCAGACAAGAAGGAUCAGGGGUCCAUCUUCUUCCCCCUCCCAGAUGGGACGGGGCUGCUGUACCUCCUGCAAGGCACUGCAGAGCCUCCAAAGUCUGCUGGGAACAUCAUAAGAGAAAUUCCAUGCAAAACAUUCUACACAGAACUUCUCCCCAUCUCCAAUUGGCUAAACAAGCCACAAAGAUUCCGUGUGACAGUGGAUAUGCUGAAGCCCGAAAGGCUGGAAUUGACCACCACAAUUAAGACCCUGGACUAUGUGGAUGUGCCUGCUGCUGCCAAGAAGGACCACAAGCUCACCUUCUUCUCUUACAGGGAAGGCAUGUACAGUGCCAAGGUGACCUUCCGCAAUGAAACAACUCAGGAGUUCCUGUUCUAUGUGAUGACUUUUAAAGUCAUCCCAUGUGGCCCACUUGGCACCAUUGAGCUGAUGACCCUUGUGCGGCAAAGCACCUCAUCUUCUGUGAAGAUUGAAAACCCUCUCAAUGUCCCAGUGACCUUCAACACUGACUGCAAAGUGCCAGACAUCAACAUUCCCCCCCAGUUCAUUGUCCCGGCUCAGUCGGAGGGGGUGCUUGUGUUUGAGUUCCAACCAAUGAGGCCUGGAGAAGUUACUGGGCGCCUGUCCCUCUACAGCAAUGAGCUGGGCUCCUUCCAGUACGACUUGAUCCUGAAAGCCACCCCAGCUCGGCCAGAGAAAGCCCUCUCCUUCUGUGCCAUGCUGGGCAGCAGCCAGAUCGUCUUCGCCAAGUUUGUCAACUACACCCGUCAGAAGACAGAGUACACCACCAAGAUUGACUGCCCUGACUUCCACGUGGACAAAGUCAUCAAUGCACCUGCAGGAUCUCUAGGAGGCACUGAGGUCAGCGUGGAAGUAAUCUUUGAGCCUUGCCAGCUGGGUGAAUGCAAGGGAACGCUUGUCCUUUCCUCAACCAUAGGAGGUGACUAUGUCAUCCCUCUCAGUGGCACAUCAAUCCCUCCUAAACCACAGGGGCCUAUUCAGAUCAGGGCUGGGACCAGCGCAUCCAUUCCCUUUAAGAAUGUGUUUCUGCAUCCCAUGGCUUUCUCCUACAUUGUGCAGAAUUCUGCCUUUACUGUGAAAGCCACUGAGACUAUUAAGUCUAAGAAAUCAGCUACCAUCCUAGUCUCCUUUGAAGGGAACCCAAGUGGCACCAAAGCCCCUGUCACUAGCAAGCUGGUCGUUUCUUGUCCUCGUGCAGCUGGGCUGGGCUCAGGAGUCUCCUGGAUUUAUUAUCUAAAGGGUAUCACACCUGAGAAAUGAAACUCUGGGGAGCCACUGUGUUGUCUGUUUCAUUUAAGCAUUGCCAUAAGGAGGGGGAGAGAGCUACAGAGUCAGAGCAUGCCUUGCUUUUUGGUAUUUGAGCCCCUGUGUCAAGCACCUUCCUUGCUUUUCUUAGGAGAAGGGAAAGUUGGCAAUGCCUCUGUACCUUUUGGAAGGAGGGAGGAGCCCUCUGUGAUUGUCCUUGCAGCAAGCACAGAGGACAGCAGAAUGUGUUAUACAGGGCUUCCACAUACAAGAUUUCUGUUAGAACAAACCAAGUGUCUCCUUGUGUAAGGAGGGCAGCACACACCAUACCAGGAAUGUCCUUCUUCCCUUAACAUUCCUCCAGUGUUCAAUCUGCUGAAUAAGUUAAUGCAGCAGCAUAAAACAUCACCUGGAUAUGUGCAAAACAAGCUUCUGCCUUAUAUUCAUGAUAAGAAUGUCUUGUUACAUAAGAUUUUAUUUUGGAAUAAAGGUUAUUAAGCAAAACAAGAAAGUGCUUGGAAGUUUGUCAGGACAAGGCUGCGGGCAGGAUUCUGGGAUCUGGUUGGGAGAGAGCCAGACCAAAAGCUUAAUGUCUGCUCAGGCUGCCUGGAUACAAUGAUUUGGAUGGCAAUAAUCAGCUGUCAGUUCCCUCCAUGGUAGAAAGUGGGAGAGGCAGAACAACCAUGACCUGUGACAUCAGUGUUGUGCAUAAUGUCACAUUCCUGUCUGUAGACUCAGCUGUGCAAAUGUGCAGGUUAGGCUGAGAAGGGACAGCUGGCAUCCCGAUAAUCUGUUUCUGGAACUUCUGGCUGCAGAGAAACAUAUAAGGGCAUGGGCAAAAUAUCCAUUGAAAUAUUUGACUCCAGAGGGGAUAACAGGACUUCUCCUGGUGAUAGUGAUGGUGACCAUGGCCUCCUUGCUUAUGACCCAGAUGCUUUCCCACAAGGUGCUAUUUGCCAGCAUGCCCUUCUUCAGAACUGUCUGUGAAAAAGUUAUGUAUGCUCUGCCCUCCCCCAGUGUUGGCUCUGACAACAUACUAGGGCCAAAUAGAGAAAAGUGAACAAUUUCAGCAUGUUGCUGAUUUCUAAUUAAGCAGCACAAUCUCUGCCACUGCUCACAAUUGUCCUAGUGUCCGGCUUUCUUUUAAGUAAACAGGUAGAGGGGGUUGUGCUUGCCAGUCUUUCAAAUGAAACUUAGGGACAUGGGGUAUAAGUAUUGACUAAUUGUUUCUCACUCAACAUGCCAUCAUUUAAGUUCCUUCAAAUCAGAACGCUUUACAGCAGGGGUGGCUAAUGUGGGCACUUUCCAGAAGUUGUUGGGACUCCCAACUCUCCUCAGCUGGAUGGCUGCAGGUUCUCCAUACCUCCUUUACAGCAAUGCUCUGCAACAGAGGGUCAGGGCAGCGGCAUUAUUUGCCAGAUACCGGUAGUA